AUGCAAGACUUUACCAUCGACGCCGACAAUUGCGGACCCAUGAUUUUAGAUGCGCUCAUAAAGAUAAAGAACGAAGUGGACAGUACACUCACAUUUCGUCGCAGUUGCCGCGAGGGGAUCUGCGGGAGUUGUGCCAUGAACAUAAACGGCGAGAAUGGACUCGCCUGCCUCGUAGAAAUCGACAAGUACGCCUCCACAGGCAAACCAAUCGAAAUCCAGCCUCUUCCUGGCAUGUAUGUGCUCAGGGAUCUCGUACCGGAUAUGACCAACUUUUAUGAGCAGUACAGGACCAUACAGCCAUGGCUUAAACGCAAGACUGAAAAGGCCACCGAAAAGGAGUUUUUGCAGAGCAAGGAAGACAGAGCUCUACUCGAUGGAAUGUAUGAGGUAAGUUUUGUUGACUAUGGAAUGCAAGGUCUCGAGCAAUGCAGCCGAUGGCGUAAGCCAGAGGUAGCAUGA